GGGUAGGAGGUUUGCCAGUCACACGGACACACACUGAGGCAAAAGUGUGAGCAAAUAUUGAAUCCCAAAUUCGAGCAAUAAAAAUCGGGCCAAAGGACGCAAUGGAGACUCUGAACGGAAGGAACGUGGCUCUACUGGUGCUCAUCUUAUGCGCCGCAUACGCCCUGGUGGUGGCUGAGGGCGAGAAAGAGAUACCGGCUACGAAAUUCGGCCAGAACAUAGCGCCGACGAUGACUUUUCUUUACUGCUAUUCCUGUGGCUAUCGCAAGGCCUUUGAGGACUAUGUAGGCCUUUUGAGCGAGAAGUACCCACAGAUUCAGGUGCACGGCGGCAACUACGAUCCGCCGGGUCUGAAUUACUACCUCUCGAAGCUGAUAUUUGCACUCAAGAUCAUCAUCAUCGUGUCGGUGGUUAGUGCGGUUAGUCCCUUCACCUUCCUGGGACUCAACACGCCCAGCUGGUGGGCUCACCUGCAGGCGAACAAGAUCUACGCCUGUAUGAUGAUCUUUUUCCUGGGCAACAUGCUGGAGGGUCAGCUCAUCUCGUCCGGCGCCUUCGAGAUAACUCUCAACGAUGUGCCCGUGUGGUCAAAGCUGCAGACGGGACGCUUUCCCUCGCCUGAGGUCCUCUUCCAGAUCAUCGACAAUCAUCUGCAGUUCACCGAAAAGGUGCAGGAGAAUCCAGAUUUUGUUAAAUAAUAAUAACGUCGGACGGAACGGAAGGCGAGGCGGCGGGAACGAACACCAAAACAGCCGAGGAUUUUCGGCUCUGAACCUAUCUUAAACUUAAGCUCUUGUCCUGAUAUUAACUACUUAGCUGUAUCUCUCUGUUUUCACCCCGAACUUUAGCCUACUGUACACGCCACCUGUAUCUUUGUAUUCCGUUUAAACGCUUGGGGAUCUGUAUGUGUUAUUUGUUUUUGUGCGACAGAAUGACGAUAAGAGACCGGACAGAAAGUGCGGGGUACAUCUCGAGAUUAAAAGCAAAGACGAUACAGUAGGAGACUGCCGCUAUAUGGAUGUACCUUGUGCAAGGCCUUUACGGGAUUGUGUAUCAUUACUUGUUAGUGGGGGAGUAAUAAAUUAUAUACGGAUAAUGGAUGUGUGAAACCUUUUUCAAAUUGUAAUACAAAUAAAUUCGCUCGACAGUUUCAGAACCGAAA